ACAAACACCGAGGAAGAUGCGCGCUUUCUCGUCACUGUAUGCGCCCACCUCCAAAAAGCUCUCGCUUUUCACCCCGUCCCUUUGCUUCCAUUCUCCUUCACCUUCGCCUUCUCCUUCCCUUCCUUCCUCCCCCCCUCUCUCUCUCUCUAUCUGGAUCCCCAAAUCGCGUCUGGAGAUGCCAGCAUGGUGGCCAAGCAAAUCGAAAUCCAAAGCCAAGUCCAAAUCGACUCCCAGGAAGAGUAAUCCCAAAGAGGAACUGAAAGCAAGUAGUUUCGAUGGGGUUUCCGUCACCAGAACCCCUCCUCGAGAGCUCUCCCCCGCUGGUGGCGGCGCUGUGGCUCCUCUCUUCUCCUUAGGCUACCGGCUUCCGUUGCCCUGUGAGUUGGCUUCGGCUUCCUCGCUUCAGACCCAUGAUCAAGCUGGGGUUUUGGUUACUGGAUCAAUCUCGGCUUCUAGCUCUACCUCUUAUGCCUCAUCUGAUGAGAACCCGGAACUUGGUUUUUUGAGGCACCCGGAGCUGGCCGGUGCUCCCAAGGAAAAAUUUGUGAAACCUGAGUUGCAGAAACUAGUGCAUGUCCCACAAGAAAGCCAUACAUUCUUGUGUAAUCCAAGUUUGGAGCAUGCCAAAUGUUAUGAGACAUCUGUCUCCCAGAAGAAAGACUUUCCGUUGUACUGUGGUGAUGUGCCUUCUAGCAGUGGAACUGCCUUCACUCAUGGCCAAACUUUUGGGAAUAUAAUUUGUAAUCAAAGAUCAGCAAAUGGUGGUUCUGGAUCAAGAGGGCAUCCAUUUCACACUGCUCCUACAUCGCCUAUUCAUCAGAAAGUUUUCAGCAUGUGUCCUGAAUCUGCAACAGUUUGGCAGGAUGAUAUGAGAUGUGUGCCUCAUCCCCUGCCACUUCCUCCUGGCUCACCUACCUCUUCUUCUUCACAGUGUCUUAGAUCACAUUGGAAGAAGGGAAAGCUGAUUGGAAGGGGAACAUUUGGCCAUGUCUAUCAAGGAUUUAACAGUGGAAGCGGGCAGAUGUGUGCAAUUAAAGAGGUCAGCAUUAUCUGUGACGAUUCAAAUUCAAAAGAAUGCCUAAGGCAACUUAAUCAGGAAAUCACGUUGCUUAGUCAACUCUCACAUCCAAACAUUGUACGAUACUAUGGCAGUGAACUGGUUGACGGCACACUGUCUGUUUAUCUUGAAUAUGUUUCCGGAGGAUCGAUUUAUAAGUUACUUCAGGAAUAUGGGCCUUUCAAGGAGCCUGUAAUACAAAGUUACACUAGGCAGAUUCUUUCUGGUCUUGCCUACUUACACGGAAGGAAUACCAUUCACAGGGACAUUAAAGGGGCUAACAUACUCGUUGAUACUAAUGGAGAAAUCAAGCUUGCUGACUUUGGCAUGGCUAAACAUAUAUCGGCUUACACAUCAAUACGGUCAUUCAAAGGAAGCCCAAACUGGAUGGCUCCUGAGGUUAUCAUGAACAAUUGUGGCUACACUCUUUCUGUGGAUAUAUGGAGCCUUGGAUGUACCAUCCUAGAGAUGGCCACUUCCAAACCUCCUUGGAGCCAGUAUGAAGGGGCAGCUGCAAUAUUUAAAAUUGGAAAUGGCAAAGAUAUACCAGAAAUUCCAGAUCAUUUGUCUGAAGAUGGAAAGAGUUUUCUGAAACUUUGCUUGCAAAGAGACCCAUCGGCCCGUCCAACAGCAGCAAAACUGUUGGAACACCCAUUUGUUCAAGAUCAAACACCCAAAACAGCUUCAAAUUUUAUGUUUAUGAAUACAUUGCCUUCCCGUGAUCGAAACCAUAACCAGGCCACCAGCAACUUGUAUUCAAGACGAAGCAUUUCUCCUCUCCGUGAUAGAGAGUAUUCCAUAGCACAAACUAACGGUUUUUCAUUAGCUUUUAAUGCCAGUGAUCUUGCUAGCAGAUCGAACUUGUCCCUGCCCGUAUCGCCCUGUUCAAGCCCUUUGCGACAAUGCAAACAAUCAAACCGAAGCUAUUUACUGUCUCCUCCUCAUCCAGCUUUCUCGACGGGAGCUAUCAACUACAGCCCGGCUAAUUAUUCACUCUACCCUACAAGACCGACAAGCAAUUUCCUCGACCCAUGGCCUGAAAUUCAUCCACUGAAGUUAUCGUCUACACCCUUUGACACUCCAUUGAAGUCAACGACACCGUUUGACUCUCCUCGCAUGUCAACGACACCUUAUGGCUCACCAAGAAGACAUUUAUAGCACAAAUGAACUCUUGCACUUCUUGUACGAUGAUUUUUCGUCGUGUAUAAUGUAAUAGUUACAUCUCCAGAUCAUGUACAGAAAAAACAAUAUGUUCAAUUUUAUGCGCAGAUAAACCGAAAAUUAUCUCAA